AUGUCUUCUGCUAAUUACGUGUCUCCAACUCCCUCAACUUCAACGCCAACAUGUCAAAACUUUGAGCGCAAAGUCGACGAGGUUAAGCCGUCCAAAACUGAUAUGAACAGAUUGGUCAUGGACUACCUCGUAACCAAUGGCUACCCUGCUGCUGCACAGAAGUUUGCACUCGAAGCCAACGUCCAACAAGUGGAUGUCGAAUCAAUCCAGGAACGGGUUGAGAUUCGAACGGCUAUCUAUUCGGGGAACAUCAAGGCCGCAAUCGAGAAGAUCAAUGAGCUUAAUCCUCAGAUUCUAGAUGAAAACCCAUCCCUGCAUUUUGCGUUACUACGCUUGCAGCUUGUUGAGUUAAUUCGCUCAUGCACCCUAAACCCGGAUGGAGACAUCACACCUGCCCUCGAGUUUGCUACCUCGCAACUCGCUCCACGGGCACCAACAAACUCUCAGUUUCUUGAAGACCUUGAGAAGACACUUGCACUUCUCAUAUUCCCCAAGGAAAACCUAACACCUUCUCUAGCUCCCCUUCUUCACUCCGAUUUGCGUAGGGAUAUAUAUGCCAAGGUCAAUGCAGCGAUCCUGCAAGACCAAGGUGCUCGUACAGAGGCCCUGCUCUGCGACUUCGCCAGGUUAUACGCCUGGGCAGAGCAGAAGGCCCGAGAGGCUAAGAAGGAGAUCCCCGACAAGCUGGACCUUGGACUCGGGGAUUCCAACAAUAGUAAUACCUCCCAGGACACCAUGGGGACCAGCCAGAAUGGCGCUUCUAACGACACUUUAAUGACCAACAACGGAGACCUUGACCCGAUGAUUUCAUGA